AUUGAGCAUUAUUGUUUGUCUUUCUUCUCUCUUCUCUCUCUCUCUCUCUCUCUCUCUCUCUCUCAGAUUUGUGCAGAAGAAAGCUGAAAGAGGACAAUGGAAGAUUUAAAUCACCAUAGAAUAAAAACAAAUGGAAUAUUUUUGCAUGUUGUAGAGAAAGGCACAGGACCUCUAGUGCUUCUCCUUCAUGGUUUUCCAGAAUUUUGGUAUUCUUGGCGUCACCAGAUCACCUUCCUGGUCAACCAUGGCUACCAUGUUGUUGCUCCUGAUUUGAGAGGCUAUGGAGACUCAGAUUCUCCACUCUCCUACAAUUCCUACACUCUUUUGCACCUUCUUGGUGAUCUCGUAGGCAUUAUUGACCAUUUUGGUGAACAGCAGGCUUUUUUGGUUGGACAUGACUGGGGGGCUCUUCUUGCUUGGCAUCUAAGCCUCCACAGGCCUGAUAGAGUCAAAGGACUAAUAGCCAUUUCUGUUCCAUACUACCAAAGAAAUCCUGAUGCCAAAGUUAUUGAAUCUUUUAGAAGAAUAUAUGGAGAUGGGCUUUACAUAUGCCAAUUCCAGGAGCCUGGAAGAGCAGAGAAAGCAUUUGCCAGAUAUGAUUAUUUGACUGUGAUGAAGAAGUUUUUGUUGAUAACUAAGACUGAUAAUUUAGUAGCUCCACUGGACAUGGAAAUCAUCGACUAUUUGCAGACACCAGCCGUGUUGCCUCCAUGGAUUACUGAAGAGGAAUUACAGGUUUAUGCAGACAAGUUUCAAGAAACUGGUUUCACUGGUCCUCUCAACUACUACCGAGCUAUGGACAUGAAUUGGGAGCUUUAUGGGGCUUGGCAAGGAUCAAAGAUUAGUGUUCCAUCAAAAUUCAUAGUUGGUGACAAAGACAUUGGCUUUGAUACUAAUGGUACAAGAGAAUAUGUAUUAGGAGACACUUUCAAAAGCCUUGUUCCAGAUCUUCAAGUUGUCAUUUUAGAUGGUCACCAUUUUAUCCAGCAAGAGAAAGCUCAACAAGUCUCAGAAGAAAUUCUUGCCUUCCUCCAUAAACUCUCUGUAGAUUAGUAGAAUGUUGGGUCCAAAAUCAGGGUUAUGUCCUUUUCUAUUUGAUAAUUGUAUCCUUAUGCGUA